UGAAAAAUAUUUUUCUAAAAACGAAUUACGCGACCAUCAGUAUGCAGUCUAUGAUCGUAUUAAUUUGCAUCAUCUCAUUAGCUCUCGCAAGAGCUCAACCGAAGAAACCCACGACACUUGAGAAGAAGUCUGUCAAAGAUGAACUGGAAACUCCAAUAAGCUUACUUACCGUUCAGGGCGUAGCUGGGCAAAUGGCAACUCUACCAUGUGAUAUACAACCUAGUGACUCUAACGAUUCCGUUUCUAUGGUGCUUUGGUUCAAAGAGGCUUCUGGCGAGCCAGUAUUCAGUUCUGUAGUCGCUAAUCCUCCUCUGAUUAAAUGCAUCGAUCUGCCUUCAUCUACUCCAAACUCCAUGUGA